ACUGUCCCGUAAACCGGAAGGGAAUCCCCAUUGAAAAUAAAUUGGCGGGAGUUUCUUCGUGCAUGAAACUUGGAUAUGGAAAUCAUUAAACCAAGACAGCGACGGGCAGGUGGCAUUAAAUCAGAAGUCAAACAAAAAUAUGCACACCCACUUCAGUUUUACUCAAUGCCACCAGAGGAGACGAUUUCUCUGCAGGAAUUUGAAGAGUUUGCUGUCGAGCGCUUAAAAGUGAUUCUGAAGGCUGUUGAGACUGCCUCUGUCCGGCAUGUUCGAGGAUCAGCUGAAUAUAUUGCGUACUUGGAGAAGGAGAUCAAGAACACCAAGUUCAAGUCACUAUUGAAGGUGUCUUAUGGAGGUGAGGUGAAGGAGGAUGAAACGGAUGCACGUAGGCUGGACCACAUGUCUCACUUCAUCUUGAGGCUGGCAUAUUGCAGAUCAGAGGAUUUGAGACGAUGGUUUCUGCAGCAGGAGCUAGACCUUUUCCGUUUCCGAUUCCAGCGAGAGAAUAAAGAUUCUCGUCUUUCUUUCCUGAAUAUCAACAAUCUUGGCUACAAACCAAUUCCUGAUGAAGAAAAGAAAGAAGUGUUGCCAUACCUCGUGGCUUGUGACACACCUGCCCGAGUAGAGGUCAAUGAGUACUAUAAGGUUCAUUUCACUGAAGCUCUGGAUUUGGUGCGAGGAAAGAGAGUUUACUUGGAGCGAGGCUUUGCAUUUGUUGCCCAGGAAGAUCUGGUGUCCAUUCUGCUGUCCGUCUACAGGACCAGACUGUCACAUGCUCUUGCAGUGACAUGUCGAGCCUUGCCGCAUCUGGAGGAGGAUGACCGUCUGCUGCCGAUGUUGUGUGGUCUGAGCAAGCGCUACCUGGGCCAAGACUACAACAGCAAGAAGACGACUGUGGGACAGAUUACAGCCGACAUGAUUGAUUUGCUGUCUCGGACAUCCUUCCCUCCGUGUAUGCAGCAACUCCAUCAGGGUCUCCGUAGCAACCACCACCUGAAGCAUGGCGGCAGGAUGCAGUAUGGCCUCUUCCUCAAGGGAAUCGGUGUGUCUCUGGAAGAAGCCAUGAAGUUCUGGCGAGCUGAGUUUGUCAAGGGAAUGGAUCCGGAUAAGUUUGACAAGCAGUACUCAUACAACAUCCGCCACAACUAUGGCAAGGAAGGAAAGCGAGCCGACUACACCCCGUACAGUUGUAUGAAGAUCAUCAUGUCAAACACCCCUGGACAAGGCGACUCACACG